GGCAUUUAAAAAGCUUUUCAUGUUUAUUGAAUUGAUCACUCUAUUUUCAAUAAACUUUUAACUUCACAAGUGUCUGCUUUCCUUAAUUAAACUAAAUUUUUGUUUCUUUCACUGAUUUUAAUAGCUAGCUAGGGCUGUUCAUAAAUGACAUCCAUCAAAAAUAUGCUACAAUAUUAACGGAAACUUAAAAUUUGAAUUAAUUUGUAGCAAAAAUAACAAAAAAAUUCUAAAAUAUAUAAAAAUAUUAAUAUCUCUUGAAUUACACAUGAUUAAGCAGUCCAGGAUACAUUAAUUAACAGAUAAGAACAAUGACUUCAGGGCUUAUUCUAGCUGGAUUAGCAGCUGCAGCAGUUGGAUUCGGAGGUCGAUUCUUCAUCAGACAGGUUCCAAAUGCAUCGCAGAAAAUGGCAGAAGCCAUGAGAAACCUUCCAAAAUUCGAUUCCGAAUCAUUAUCAAGCUCAAAGUACUAUCGAGGAGGUUUUGAGCCUAAAAUGAGUAAAAGGGAAGCAUCUCUGAUAUUAGGUGUGAGUCCAUCGGCAUCAAAAAUUAAAGUCAAAGAUGCACAUAAAAAGAUUAUGUUACUUAAUCAUCCCGAUAGAGGAGGUAGCCCAUAUUUAGCAGCUAAAAUCAAUGAAGCAAAGGAUUUAUUGGAUCAAGCAUCAAAAUAGUGUGUAUAAUAAAUGUUAUAUAUAGGUACAGAUAAUAAAUUUAACAUAAUUUUUAACAGUAUGCAUAUUAGUCUUAAACAUUUACAUUGUAGACAUUUCUCGGUUUAGGUUUUGGUGCCUUUAAUUGAUUUUUUAAUUCAGUCAAUAAGAUGCAUUUAUGUUCACUCUUUUCUUCAAAAUUGCUUAUAGCUUUUUCUAAAAGAACGUCUACCGUGUAUGCCUUAUUCUUGGCUACAAAAUUUAGCUGUAAUGGGUAGAAAAUAAAAUUUUGGUGCUUGAAAACCUCAUAAAUGUUUUAAAAAUAAUACAACAGUUUAAAGUAAUUUGUAUGGUUUUUUAAACUUACAUCAACAUUCUGCUGAGUCAAUGAAGGCUUGAUAUUAUGCUGUGUCACGAACAGAUCUCUCAACAAUUUUUCACAGUCAGGCUUUAAAACACUAUUCCUUCCAAUUAUUGCACAACUUUCGGUGACACUAAGGAAAUGUCUACAGAAGUUAACAGUUGAUUGUGUCAAAUUGAUGAAUGUAUCGCCUGUAACGUGCUCAUUCAUAUCGAUUCCCAUUGCAUUUAGUUCUUUUACUAAAACCCUUAAAUUACUUUUAGAAAUAAGAUUGUAAGGUUGCCAAAUUUCUUCCGUUCGUCCAAUAUUCUCGAUCAAACGAUGCCUUGAUUCAUCAAUUAAUUGCUCUAAUGUCACUCGCCAUAAUCCUUCCAUGUGAGAUGAUAAAUCGAGACCAAUUUUAGUCAACUCUAAGCAUGGCUCUCUUACACUUACAACAACUUUUGCAACUGUCUCUAAAUUUGUUCCUUUUGUUAAAUAAUGUUUAAUUAAUUGUUGAGAAAAAUAUUGCAAUUCAUCAUUGCACCAGACUGUAAGUGCUGCAGUACAUGCUGAUUGUUUUUGGAAUGCUCGAAGAAAAUCACUUGCGACUUGGGCUAAGUCACAGAAAAAUAAUUCAGAUACUGGAAGAUUGUUUCUUCUUGCCUGUCUUUGAGAUGUUCUUAUUGUCGUUGUACAUACUUUAAGGAAGAUAGUUGAUGAUUCACGACUUUUACCCAUUUCAACCAACAAUUUCAAAAGACGACGAGAAGAUCUCAAAACUGAUUGUAGAUCACGGCACUCAGCUAUAGAUAAUUCAUGCAAGAGAACUGACGAGAGAAUAGUUUUCAAAUUUUUAAUCUUUUCCUGGAUCUCGUUAAUAUUAUAAAAUGAUGGAUUCUUUUGGAUAUAAUCGUCACAUUUCUGAAUUAAAUGAAGCGAAUCCUCAAAAUGCCUUUGUGCAAUUUCAGCUUGAAUCUCUUCUGGUGCCGAUAUUAGCCAUUCUGGUGCGAGAUUUUCUGUGGCAAUCGAAGCUGUUGGACUUAAUGUCAUGUCACUGCAAAUUGACUGUGUUUCAACCGAUGAUCUUUGCUUUUGAAGAACUUUUGGUGGUUGUGGUGCUGGGCCUUUCUUAGAUUUAGCAGGAACCGAUGAUGUGGAUUGAUUGAAUUUUAGUGUAGCUUCAAACUUUUCUAUCCAUUCAGUUCGUGCAGCAGCAUUAAUCGUUUGAUAAAUACGAUUUCCAUCAUUAGUAAUGAUAUUAAUGGCAUUCUUAACGCCUGUCAAUUCUCUAAUAUUCACAACUGCAAUUUUCUUCGUUUCAUACUCAUUCGUAAACUCUAACUUCUUGUCAUGUUUAAUCUUUGCUAUAAUUAAUAUGUCAUUAAACAGGAACAAGUGUGAUCGACAAAUUGGACGAUAAUCAUUCGGGUCCAGUUCGAUUAAUGAGCCUUCAUGAAGAAAUACUUUUUCAUCCAGGCUUUUAUUAUAUCCAAUUAAUGCAUCCUUAAUUAUUGACAGUGCCUUUUUGUUCUGAUCUUGAUCAUUAUCAUUACUUUCUGUAUUAUCUCCAAUUAUAUUUUUUUGAUCAUCAAGGAGACUCUCUUCCUUAAUCUGUUCAAUCAAGUUACGUUGGUCCACUAGUAGAUGUGAUAACUGAUACAUCUCUGACUCAA